AACUGAUUACGUUACCUUUGAGUACAAGUGUUAAUACUGAUUGAAAAAAAUUCACAAGUGAAAUAAAAUAAGUCUUGUUUUACUUUUGUUAUAAUAAAAUGUCGUCGUUGCCGAUUGUAUCUAUAACAAGAAGAGAAACUUUCAGCUCUUGCCACCGCUUACACAGUCCAUUUUUAAGUGACGAGGACAAUAAGAAACUUUACGGCAAGUGUAAUAACCCAAAUGGCCAUGGGCACAACUAUGUUGUUCUGGUGACAGUGAAAGGUCCAGUAGAUGCUCACACCGGGAUGGUGAUGAACAUCCAUGACCUCAAGCAGUACAUGAAGGAGGCCAUCAUGGACCCCCUGGACCACAAGAACUUGGAUCAGGAUGUGCCUUAUUUUAAGACAGUGGUCAGCACCACAGAAAAUUUAGCAAUUUACAUCUGGGACCAUCUUCAGAAAGUAAUGGAAAAGCCUUCUCUAUUGCAUGAAGUGAAAAUAUUAGAAACUGAGAAGAACCACGUGGUUUACCGCGGCGGCUCCACUUACCCGCGCAAGAAACACGAGAACUCCAGCCUACAUUCCAGCCGCCACCACAAUGUGUCCUCGGAUUCAGAUUGAUUGAGAAAUCAAAAUAAUGUGACAUUAUAAAUCUAUAUCAAGAAAUAUUGUCAUUUUUAUGUUGUGCUUAUAAUUGUUAGAAUAAAAAACUAACAA